AUGGCUUCCGAUCGUAGUUGGAUUAGUCGUAGUCGAUAUAAUGAGUCAAGAUAUUUAACGGUUGAAUACAAAAAUGGUGUUGAUGAUUUUAUUAAAUUUGCUUGUGAAAAUCUUCGCGGAGGAAGUGAUGGGCUUAUUAGGUGUCCGUGUGGAAAUUGUAAAAAUAAGCAUUACAAGGAUCCUAUUGCCGUUAAACUUGAUUUGUAUCGGUAUGGUAUAAUGCAAUGGUAUACCAUAUGGACGGCACAUGGGGAGAAAAUGCCGGAAGAAAAUAUCGGGACGAGUACUAGAAAUGUUGGUGAUGGGGAUGCUGAUAUGUAUUAUGACGCCGAUGAUAUGUUAAGGGAUAUUGGGGAGGCAAAUAGGUAUUGCGAGAAAAUGUAUGAUGAACCGAAUCCAGCGGCAAAAGAAUUUUAUAAGAUGCUGCACAGUGCUUCGGAACCAAUUUAUCCAAGCAAUGUCAACUAUACAACCUUUGAGUUCGUGAAUGAGUUACUUCAUUUCAAGAACAAGCAUAAUUGUAGUAACAAUGGCUUUGAUGAGUUGCUUAAGCUCAUUGGAUCAGUCUUGCCUGACAAUCAUAAACUGCCCCAAACCUACUAUGCUGUGAAAAAUAUGCUUAAAGGAUUGAAUUUGGGAUAUGAAAAGAUUGAUGCUUGUGAGAAUGAUUGUAUGUUAUUUUACAAGGAAAAUAGCGAGAAGACGCGUUGUGAUAUAUGCAAUGAAAGCCGAUACAAAGAACCAAAAGAUCUUAACAAAAAAAAGAUCUCACGGAAGGUCUUGCGUUAUUUUCCUCUCACCCCGAGACUACAACGUUUGUUCAUGGCUGGAAAGACUGCAAAAUGUAUGAGAUGGCAUCAUGAUAGAAACGUGGUUGAAGGUGAAUUAAGUCACCCGGCGGAUGGAGAUGAGUGGAAACAAUUUGAUCGUCGGUUUCCAAAAUUUUCAAAAGAGAUUCGAAAUGUGAGACUCGGCCUUUCCACUGAUGGAUUUGAUCCCUUUCGUGAUGCACAUGCGAGAGAUUACACCGUAUGGCCUGUGGUAGUUGUUGUUUACAACCUUCCCCCAUCUAUGUGCACGAAGGCUCCGUACAUGUUUAUGCCUCUUCUUAUUCCCGGGCCUAAGGAUCCGACAAAAGAUUUGCAUGUUUAUCUUAGACCAUUGAUUGAUGAAUUGAAAGAUUUAUGGCAGAAUGGGGUGGAAACCUAUGAUAGGUUCUCACGUUCCAACUUUUUGAUGAGGGCAGCAUUGAUGUGGACAAUUAGCGACUUUCCAGCACUUGCCAUGCUUAGCGGGUGGUCAACUAAGGGGAAGUUGUCAUGUCCAGUUUGCAUGGGAGAGGUAAAGGCCAAACAACUUAAGUAUGGUGGCAAAGUUACCUUUUAUGGCACUUCUAGAUAUUUUUUGGAACCGGAUGAUCCAUUAAGAAGAAGUACGAGGUUUGGAAGUGUUGAGACACGAUCAUGCACAUGUCGUCAUUCAGGAAUAAUUGCGAAGACCAUGUGCGAGCAAAUACAAUUUCCCCCUCCAGGAAAGUCAUCCAAGAGAAAAGCGAAGGACUAUGGCGUGACACAUAAUUGGACUCACUAUUCUCCAUUUUUUGAGCUCCCGUAUUGGGAGACCCUUAGUCUACGUCAUAACAUUGAUAUCAUGCACACGGAGAAAAAUGUUUUUGACAACAUAUUCUACACGAUUCUUGAUGAUAAGCAGAAGUCAAAAGAUAACUUAAAAUCGAGAUAUGAUUGUCAAGAAUUACGUGUACAUCGUGAGUUGUGGAUUCAAGAAGAUGGUGCCAAACCACACGCACCUUAUGUGCUUUCGAAGGAACAACUAAAUAAGUUGUUCAAGUGGAUUGACAUGUUGAAACUUCCAGAUGGGUAUGCAUCAAAUCUAUCUAGAUGUUUGAAUUGGGAAAAGAAUUGUAUUCGUGGGAUGAAAUCACAUGACUGUCAUGUUUUCAUGCAAAAGUUAUUGCCGAUCGUUUGUCGUGACUUACUCCCAAGACAUAUAGCUGAUCCUAUUAUCGAGUUGUGCAACUUCUUCCAGGAUUUGUGCUCAUCUACUUUGAAAUACACAGAUUUGGUAAAAAUGGAGAAAGAUAUAGUGAGAAUUAUGUCGAAACUUGAAACAGUCUUUAUUCCAGGAUUUUUUGAUCCAAUGGAGCAUUUGCCACUUCAUUUGGCCACUGAGUGUAAGUUGGGGGGUCCGGCUAAUGGUAGGUGGAUGUAUUUUGUUGAAAGAUAUUUGCACGGUUUGAAAUUGAAAGUGAAAAACAAAGCUCGAGGCGAGGGCUCAAUGGCAGAACGCUAUAUCGAGGAGGAAUGCAUACACUUUUGCUCAUUGUAUUUCAAUGACGAUGUCAAAACGGUUCAUAAUCGUUUGCAUCGAAAUGAGGCACCCCAAUCAUUUCAUGAUCCCGAUUUGGUAGAAGUUUACACGUAUCCAACACAUCCUAUUCUACGAGUUAGAGAUAGGAUCUUGAGUGAUGAUGAACAUAGACUUAUAACAUACUAUGUUCUUAUCAAUUCGCCGGAGGUUGGAAAAUAUUUGCGUGGAUUCAACAAGUUGGUGGAUAGACGUCACCCAAACUUGAAUCAUGCCGAAAGGGAACAAUUUCAAAAAGAUCAAUUUCGAGGAUGGUUCCAAAAAAGGGUACAAGAUGAUGAAAAGCUCAAUAAUAAAUUUGUAGAUUUAAUAAGAGGUCCAAUUUCAAAAGUUGAAUCUUACAAAGGAUGCAAGGUGAAUGGUUAUAAAUUCGGUUGCACAAAUCAAAAUGAGCUCACUUCACCAAAUUCCGGUGUAAUUGUCUUUGGGACGUCUUACAAUGAAAGUUUUGACAAUUAUUACGGAAGGCUAGAAGAAGUCUUGAAGCUCCGUUAUCGUAAUGGACAACAAGUAAUUGUCUUCAAAUGUCAUUGGUUUGAUACUACGAGACAUGUCAAAGUAGAUAGACAUCGGAUCACUACAGUGGAUGUCAAGUCAAAACUAAACGCCGAAGAUAUUUUUGUGUUAGCCAGUCAAGCUCAUCAAGUGUAUUAUGCACCAAAUAUUUCAAAUACAAAAUCAUCAUGGUAUACGGUUUUAACAACAAAGAGCCGGCAAGUUGAUGAAACUACGUCGCUUAGAGAGAAAAAAGGACCCGAUGAUGAUGCACUUCAAAAUGCGGUGUCAAAUGCUUCAUCAUCACAUGUUGAAAGUGUAAUUAUUCGUGAUCCUUCAAACUUUUUUAUUGACUUGAGGAUGUUCGAAAAUGAAUUCACAACGAAUUAUAAUGUUGAAGACGAUGAUGAAGACGAGAGCGAAGACGAUGAUGAAGACGAGAACGCUCCGUACGAAGAUGAAUAUGAUGCGGAUGCGUUUUUAUAUCCUCUUUUAGAUUAG